UUCUUCUUCUUGUCGCCAGCACCUUUGUUAUCAAAAUCAGAACAGACAGUGAUUUAUCCACUUAGGCAGCUAUGGGACGUUUAAUUCUGGAACACACCCUACAGGGGCACAAGGGACGCAUCUGGGGGGUAGCCUGGCAUCCCAAGGGCAACGUGUUUGCCUCGUGUGGCGAGGACAAGGCCAUCCGCAUUUGGUCUCUGACCGGAAACACUUGGAGCACCAAGACCAUACUAUCUGAUGGACACAAGCGCACCAUUCGCGAAAUACAGUGGUCCCCAUGCGGUCAGUUCCUGGCCUCGGCCAGCUUUGAUGCCACCACGGCAAUUUGGUCGAAAUCCUCGGGAGAGUUCGAGUGCAACGCCACCCUGGAGGGACACGAAAACGAGGUGAAGAGCGUCAGUUGGUCGCGUUCCGGCGGACUGCUGGCCACCUGCUCACGCGACAAGUCCGUUUGGAUCUGGGAAGUGGCUGGCGACGAUGAGUUCGAGUGCGCCGCUGUCUUGAAUCCCCACACACAGGACGUGAAGCGAGUGGUGUGGCAUCCUACCAAGGAGAUCUUGGCCUCCGCCUCAUACGACAAUACCAUCAAGAUGUUUGCGGAGGAUGCACUGGACAGCGAUUGGGACUGCACGGCGACGCUAUCCUCCCACACGAGCACCGUUUGGGGGAUAGACUUUGAUGCAGAUGGCGAGCGUCUGGUUUCCUGCAGCGAUGACACCACGUUGAAGAUCUGGCGGGCUUAUCAUCCCGGCAACGAGGCCGGCGUGGCCACGCCCGACAAGCAGACGGUGUGGAAGUGCGUCUGCACCCUCUCCGGUCAGCAUUCGCGUGCCGUCUACGAUGUGUCCUGGUGCAAGCUGACAGGGCUGAUAGCCAGUGCCUGCGGCGACGAUGGCAUCCGGAUAUUCAAGGAGUGCAGCGACUCCAAGCCAGAUGAGCCCACGUUCGAGCAACUGACGGCAGAGGAGAGCGCACACGAGCAGGACGUGAAUUCAGUGAAGUGGAAUCCAGCGGUGGCCGGGCAACUUAUAUCCUGCAGCGACGACGGCACCAUCAAGAUUUGGAAGGUGACAGAGUAGCCAGCGGAUCAAUACAUAUGUGUGGUGGUAUAUUUAAGGUGUUAAAAAAUAAUGCAACUUGAUUUUUUGUACAGUUUCUUUCUGCUAAGAAAUUAAAGUAUUCAAAUGAUGGA